CGCGGCUGGAGGUGGUGGGCGCGGGGGAGACGCUCCGGGCGGGAAGGCGGUGGCGCCAUGUUCUCCCUCAAGCCGCCCCGACCCUUCUUCAGGUCCUACCUGCUGCCGCAACCGCAGACCGAUGACAAGAUUAGCUCCGAACCAAAGAUUAAGAAACUGGAGCCGGUCCUUUUGCCAGGAGAAAUUGUUGUGAAUGAAGUCAACUUUGUAAGAAAAUGCAUUGCAACAGACACAAGCCAGUACGAUCUGUGGGGGAAACUGAUCUGCAGCAAUUUCAAAAUUUCCUUUAUCACAGAUGACCCAAUGCCAUUACAGAAAUUCCAUUAUAGAAACCUUCUUCUUGGAGAACAUGAUGUUCCCUUAACGUGUAUUGAACAAAUUGUAACAGUGAAUGACCAUAAGAGGAAGCAGAAAGUCCUAGGCCCCAACCAGAAACUGAAAUUUAACCCAACAGAGUUAAUCAUUUAUUGUAAAGAUUUCAGAAUUGUCAGAUUUCGCUUUGAUGAAUCAGGUCCUGAAAGUGCCAAAAAGGUAUGCCUUGCAAUAGCUCAUUAUUCCCAGCCAACAGACCUCCAGCUACUCUUUGCAUUUGAAUAUGUUGGGAAAAAAUACCACAAUUCAGCCAACAAAAUUAAUGGAUUGCCCUCGGGAGGAGGUGGAGGAGGAGGAAGGAGCAUUGCUGGCAGUGGCAGCAGCCAGAAAACUCCACUGUUUGAAACAUAUUCAGACUGGGACAGAGAAAUCAAGAGGACUGGCGCUUCAGGGUGGCGUGUAUGUUCCAUUAACGAGGGUUACAUGAUAUCCACUUGCCUUCCAGAAUACUUUGUAGUGCCAAGUUCCUUAGCAGACCAAGAUCUGAAGAUCUUUUCGCAUUCUUUUGUUGGAAGGAGGAUGCCAUUCUGGUGCUGGAGUCACCCGAAUGGCAGUGCUCUUGUGCGCAUGGCCCUGAUCAAAGACAUGCUCCAGCAGAGGAAAAUCGACCAGAGGAUUUGUAAUGCAAUCACUAAAAGUCAUCCACAGAGAAGUGAUGUUUACAAAUCAGAUUUGGACAAGACUUUGCCCAAUAUUCAAGAAAUACAGGCGGCGUUUGUAAAACUUAAGCAGCUCUGUGUUAAUGAGCCUUUUGAAGAAACUGAAGAGAAAUGGUUAUCUUCGCUGGAAAGUACUCGGUGGUUAGAAUAUGUCAGAGCCUUCCUUAAACAUUCAGCAGAACUUGUGUACAUGCUAGAAAGCAAACAUCUCUCCGUAGUCCUACAAGAGGAAGAGGGAAGAGACUUGAGCUGUCUGGUAGCUUCUCUGGUUCAAGUGAUGAUGGAUCCAUAUUUCAGGACAAUUACUGGAUUUCAGAGUCUGGUACAGAAGGAGUGGGUCAUGGCAGGAUACCAGUUCCUAGACAGAUGCAACCACUUAAAGAGAUCAGAGAAAGAGUCUCCCUUGUUUCUGCUCUUCUUGGAUGCCACGUGGCAGCUCUUAGAGCAGCAUCCAGCUGCCUUCGAGUUCUCUGAGACCUACUUGGCGGUACUGUACGACAGCACCUGGAUCCCACUGUUCGGCACCUUCCUGUUCAACUGUCCUCACCAGCGGGUGAAGCAGAGCACGGAAUUUGCUAUAAGCAAAAAUAUCCAACUGGGUGAUGAAAAAGGCUUAAAAUUCCCCUCAGUGUGGGACUGGUCUCUGCAGUUUUCAGCAAGGGACCGCACCCUUUUCCACAACCCCUUCUACAUCGGCAAGAGUGCGCCCUGCGUGCACAACGGCUCGGGGAAAGCUUUCAAGCGGACAAAGAAAAGCUACAGCUCUACGCUGAGAGGAAUGCCAUCGUCUUUAAAGAACGGCGUCAUCAGUGACCAGGAAUUACUUCCCAGGAGAAACUCGCUCAUAUUAAAACUCAAGCCAGACCUGCUCCAGCACACCGACAGCCAGCACAAUGAGAUGGAGCAGUAUUUCCAAGAGUGGUUUUCCAAACCAGUCGACCUGCAUGGCAUUAUUCUGCCACGUGUCUCUGGAACCCACAUAAAGCUGUGGAAACUGUGCUACUUCCGCUGGGUGCCCGAGGCACAGAUCUCCCUCGGGGGCUCUAUCAUGGCCUUCCACAAACUCUCCCUCCUCGCCGACGAGGUGGACAUGCUCAGCAGGAUGCUGCGGCAGCAGCGCGGUGGCCCCCUGGAAGCCUGCUAUGCCGAGCUGGACCAGAGCAGGAUGUACUUCCGGGCCCGAGGCCCGCACGAUGCCUCGGCCACACCCGACUUCCUCUCUUCAUCCUUCCCGUUUUCUCCCGUGGGGAACCUGUGCAGGCGGAGCAUCUUAGGAACACCGUUAAGCAAAUUUUUAAGUGGGGCCAAAAUAUGGUUAUCUACUGAGACGCUAGCAAAUGAAGACUGAAUUGUCGAGUUCCUCCUGAACAUCGUGAGGGAAGCCUGUCAGUUCUUCCCUCCCGAUCAGAAUUGCUAACAUAGGCAUUUAAAACAGGUUAUUUUAUACCUAAGAAUAAUAGUUGAAAUUUGCACUAACCCUGAAAACCAUGUUGAGUCAUGUUCCCCACAGUUCUUUCCAGAAAAGUAAGCUUUGUUUUUAUGUCUUUCUCCUGUCAUUACCAGUCUGGCUUAUUUUUGGGUGAUCUACAAACAUUCCCCCUUCCUUGUAACUGUGAUCAGAUGGAUCAGGUGAGUUGUACAUGUUUUUCCUACUAUCUACUAAUCGUUACCCAAUACUCGGCCCCAUGACCAACUCAAGACAGGAGAUGCAUUCCUUGCAUCUCCAGGGACGUGAGUAGAUGCUAGAUCAUCCUGUGUCCUGCUCACGCUCCGUGAUCCCUGCAUGAACUCACCUGACCAGGGUCCAGUGUUGGGGAAUUUGUUAUUUUAGAUCUCCCUUUGGGGCCUUACAGCACUGUGAUUUGGAGUCAGGAGUUUGCUUCUAGCGCCAUAGGACUUCGCCUUUACAGUGAUACGCACUGCAGCGUUAAAACAUUCGCUAUAGGUGGUGUGAUUGGAUUUAAAAGUGCCUUUGAUAUUAAGCUAUGAAUCACAGAAAAAUAGUUCAUUUGUUAACAUUCAUGCAUUAUUACAAUCCUACCACAUCUGCAAAUAGAUUUUUCAUACUAAGCUUCCUACCAGUAGCCCUGGGAAUCCCCAGAGCCACGUUUCUAAAAGGUGCCAAGGGCACAGCAGCCUUUGGGGUCCUGCUCCCAAGUUGAGGCAGCUGAGGGAACCCCCUCUCCACGGCAGGACCCCAGGGCUGUAGGGGCUUUCUGGGCCUCCCCCAACAAUUCCAUUAAUACUGCCAUUAUCAUAAACCACAAAAGUGCCACCCCCUUCCUAAUUGACGAUAGUGCUGAGAGAUGUUCGCUCCUUUCUGAGAUCGUUUUGGUUUCCCACUAUGAUAGAAGCCUGGCCAGCAUUGCAGGGUGAGCGCUUAAGACUAGCCCCACAGUAACAGCACUGUGCACACCCAAUCCCCCACUCUCCGCCCCCCACCAAGUUUAAAGCACAGCCAUCUCACAUUUGACUGUUUUCCUUUCUUAAAUUGCCAUCCUUCAAUAUUUUUUUAAAAAAAAUUUAUAGUCAAGUGUCUGCUUAACCUAUUCCCUUUUUAAAACAAGAUGGUUGCUUUUUCAGCUAGUCUGUUUACCUGCCUGUGUACGGACUAGCUGAUUCUCCGUUCAUCACCUGCCUUCAAAAAACUAGUUGAUAUCUCUAACAGAGGUUGCUAUACAAUGUCUUAGGAGAUUCAUCUUAGGGAUAAACCCAGCGUUUUUGCCAAGUUGUUUCCUAGAAACUAAGGGCUACUUCCAGCUAAUACAAAUAGCACUUUUGCAUGAUAUAUUUUAUACCCCGAUUAGAGGCCAGCCCUCUCAAAACACCAUUCUGGCUGUGCUACUAAUUCUUCCUUUCAUUAAGCUGCUUUUUUAAAAAAGAAAUUACAACUGGUUCUAAAUUUAUUGUUUGAUUGAGCAUUUCUUCCCUUACAUUUAUUUCAACCUCUAGCAAUUUUUCCUUGUUGUUGGUGUUCGCUUACCAGUUUAAAAAAAGAUUAGGUACUAUUAAUGCUAUUUUAAAAUAGAAAAUGGGUGUAUUUUUGUAUGGUAAAUUCAGUUAAGAUUUUUUUUUAAAUUUUUGCUGGAUAAUUGUUCUAUCAUGAUUAUUGUGCCACACCUCAGUGUGCAUAAUAUGAAAAACAAUAACAGCCUUAAGCCUGGGCGGUGGUGGUGGUGGUCCGGAGGCGUGGCUGUGUACAGCGAAGAGCUCCGUGCUGGUGGCCGCAGACUCUAGUGCUGAACGGAAAAUCAUGGGUGUUACUCUUCUAUGAUGAGAACCAACCUUAAAACCAAAAAUGUCUUAACUUCUAUUUAAGUAAAAGGUUUGAGUUUGUACUAACAGGGUGAAACCUUUUCAACGCUACCCUUCAACAAAACCUUCUUGUGGUAGCAGUAUCCUUGUUGUGAAUACUUGAUUGUAUGACAAAACCGUUGUGCCUAGAACUCGUGAGCUGAAGUAGCACGCUAGCACAGGAAGGUGAGAGGUCGUGUUCAACAGAGUGGAUGUGAAGGGCACUGACUGCUAAAUAAAAUUUCUAGCGGAAC